CUCCCUCCCGUACUUUCGUCCCACGAAAGAAAUUUCAAUUUUGUUAAGCUCCUAGAGAGAGAAAGAGAGAGUAAAGAUCUCUCUGGUUUGAAUCGAUUCUUACGUUCGUGUUCUCAACAAUGGGCCUGUGGGAUGCUUUUCUCAAUUGGCUUCGAAGUCUUUUCUUCAAGCAAGAAAUGGAGCUUUCUUUAAUUGGACUCCAGAAUGCUGGGAAAACAUCACUAGUAAAUGUUGUAGCUACUGGUGGAUACAGUGAAGACAUGAUCCCUACUGUAGGAUUCAACAUGAGGAAAGUAACUAAAGGGGGUGUUACAAUUAAGCUGUGGGAUCUUGGUGGACAACCUAGAUUCCGAAGCAUGUGGGAGCGAUAUUGUCGAGCUGUUUCUGCUAUCGUUUAUGUUGUUGAUGCAGCUGACCAUGAGAAUAUUGAUAUUUCGAAAAGUGAACUACAUGAUCUUAUCAGCAAACAAUCUCUUAAUGGUAUUCCUUUACUUGUUCUUGGAAAUAAAAUUGACAAUCCAGCUGCUCUUUCUAAGGAAGCCUUAACUGAACAAAUGGGGUUGAAAGACAUUACUGAUCGAGAGGUAUGCUGCUUUAUGAUAUCGUGUAAGUACUCGACGAACAUUGAUUCGGUUAUUGAUUGGCUUGUCAAGCAUUCCAAAUCAAAGAGCUGAGGUUGAAAAAAGUAAUGGAAGUGUUUUCCUGUUUACUAUUUAUAUGAAUGAGAUUUGUGUCUUGGUGUUUUUUUAAUAUUUUUUGCUUGUAAAAUAUCAUAAAUUGUCUAUUGGAUGUGUUAAUGCAAGCUAAACUUAUAUUGAAAAUGUUGG